AUCCUUUUCGCGCGCAUGUCUAUCACUGUCAUAGCCAGUUACCUGUACAUGUGGUACACCAAAGUGCCACAGCCGUUCGGAACCAGACCGAUCUUGUGGCUGCUUUUUCUACGGGCCAGCGGCGGCUUCUUCGGCGUCUAUGGACUGUACUACUCAGUCCAGUACCUGCCUCUAUCCGAGGCCACUGUGGUUACUUUCUUAGUUCCCAUUCUCACCGGGUAUGCCUGCUCGCUAUUCAUUCCUCGCGAGACGUUCACUCGCAAGCAAUUAAUGGCCGGCAUGGUGUCUCUGGUUGGUGUAAUCAUGAUCGCCCGUCCGUUCGCCUUUUUGCGCUCGGGCGAAGAGACUGAUGAUGGAGAAUCCGGCGAUAAGCCUGGUGCAACUGACAGCUAUCACCAUGUCCUGGCGAUAGUUGUUGCGCUGCUAGGUGUUCUGGGCGCCACAUGCGCGUACACGACCAUCCGAAUGAUCGGCCGGCGCUGCCACCCUCUCGUGUCCGUGACCUGGUUUUCCUCGUACACAACUAUUGUCUCCUCCCUUGCAAUGCUGCUAGUCCCGUCCAUUCCCUUUGCGAUGCCCGUCACGCUGUUCGAAUGGACCCUGCUUCUCGGCCUCGGAGUGUGCGGCUUUUUGUUGCAAUUCCUCCUCACGGCUGGUCUGUCAUAUGUUCCGCCAGUACGGACGCCCAGAGAUCUCUCAGCCGGCUGGGAAUCGAGUGCAUACGGCACCCAAGCUAGCGGGCACGUAGAGGACGAAGAGCAGCAGCAGCAGCAGCAGCCGAACGAGGUCAAGCCAUCUGUCCAAAAGACGUCGUCCGGGUCGCGCGCGACAUUCAUGAUCUAUACCCAGAUGCUGUUCGCAUUGUUCUAUGACCGCGUCGUCUGGGGUAGCACACUGUCCCCAGUGAGUUGGGUUGGAUCUGGGUUGAUUCUGGGCUGUGCCAUCUAUGUGGCCAUUGCACGGGAAAGCCCGAAAACCGAGGGUGGUGCUGUUGCGGCCCCCAGCAAGAACGGCGUCACGGCUGCAGCUCCGGCAGACGAGGAAAGUGAACGCCUGGAGGUAGAUGUGGGGAGGUAACCGUGAGGAACGCAGCUGGAUGCGUACUUCCUGCAAGUGUGCAUUGUAGGAAGACGAUUUAAAGGAAUUGGCUGUUGAGUCAGUAGGUUUUCUGCGCAGCAAGGUGUGCACUAUGCACUCCAUGGCUAAUCCGGCUAGUGGGGGAGGGGCAACAAAAGGCGGAGGCAAGCGAGGAGAUAAGACAGGGUCGCCUUGCCGUGCUGCAUUUACGGAGUGCAGUAGUUACUCACCAAGUAGAGUCACUGUGAUUCACUCUGUUCUAAAAUAGGUGGA